AUGCACAGCAUUACCCUGCCACCGCAACAGCUCCACCUUCCCAGUUACCACCCUUACAACCAAACCAUGCACUCCCGACGACUGGACUACAUCCUGGUCAAAGGGAUCACAGCAGGGGCGGGAAGCGUGAUUCCUUGCCGCGACAGAGCCUCCUCCGACCAUGACGGUGUUGCCGCGCCCAUUGGCACACACAAAGGGGGAGGCCCGACCGCACCACCUGGGGCCCUCGCCGCCUCCGCCCACCCCACCAAGGGAGAAGACCCACACAAAGUCCUCGCCACGCUGGCCAAAGCGAUCACAGUCCCCGGCAGCGGUCAUAACAAAUUUCAGGAAAGUGCCGAGCUGAGGGGGAUGCGUAGGGACGCCCAGCACCGCCCACCCGGGCCCGCAGCCAGAACAGCGUGGAAGGCCAUUGCGAAGCGACACAAACAAGAGCACAGAGCCUGGAGCACCAAGCAGGCCGAACAGGCCGCACGAUUGGAUUGGAGAUCACUACGCACCCUCCAAAAAGCAAGAACACACCGCGGCUGGCAACUCCAGCUACAAGACAACCGCGACUGGCAGACACAACUCCACAGCCACAUGCGCUCCAUCUUUGCCAAGCCCAUCCCACCCGGGGGAAGCGCACGGAUCACAACACUGCGUGAUCAACUGCGCCGCAAGUGCAAGCACACGCCAUGGCAGCCUUUCCACAUCACAGAACUUCAGCUAGCAUCCAAGCGCUGGGGGAGCUACAAAAGCACCGGGCCCGACGGCAUUUCCCACGAAGCAGCCAAGGCCCUGCUGGCUCACGACGGCUGGGGGGGAACUAUCACAUAUGUCAUGAAUGACAUGCUGUACACAGCCAAUGUCCCCGAGACCAUCGACCGGGGGAUAACGGUGCUCUUGCCCAAAGUUCCCACACCACUUGAGUGGACCGAUACGCGACCCAUCACACUGAGCAGCACACUACUCAAACUAGCAGCACAACUCCUCCUUGCACGGGGGGGAGCCAACAUCCGGGGGGAGGCCACCUUACAGUGGGCCAGACACGGCAGGCAAGGGGUGGAACUUGUGGCGACGAUUCGGCGUGUCGUACAAAUGGCGAAAGACUGGGGCGUGCCGACCUGGUUGGUAAAACUGGACAUACGUAAAGCAUUCGAUAGUGUUUGGCAACAUAGCAUGAGUGAGCUUGUUGCGGCACGAACCCGCACCCUCAACGUAGCGGUGGGAGAUACCAUCACACCUGUGCCCCAAACGAAUGGCAUCCGCCAAGGCCUGACCUUUUCGGAGCCGUGGUUGCCAGAGACCUCCAGUCCGCCAUCCAGACAGCCCCCGCACAAGGCCCAGACGCGCAGGGGGGGCCACAGCCUUGAGGCAGAACUCUCAGAGGACGGCCUCCACAUACACCCCACCAAAACCGCCAUUUUAUUCAGCCAGCCUGAAGGGGGAGGCACCUUUCAGAUCGGCGGCACUACAGUGCCAUGCGCCCCCUACAAGACAGUGAUCGCCACCCUUGGGUCGCCCUUUACCUUUGGGGAACAGAUAGCAGCAAUCAUUGCGGAGAUGAGCCGGAGGGGGAGGCAGGCCUUUGCAAAACACAAAAACAUACUCCUAGCACGCACCAGCAUCAAGACCCGAGUGGCAGCGUACACCACCCUGGUGCGCUCAGCUGCACUCUACGCAGCCGAGACAUGGCCAGUCAACCAGCGCCUACUCAAAGCAGCCAACUCUUUGCAAGCCCAGCACCUCAGACGCAUGCUCCACAUCGAGAGAAGGCCCACCGAGCAAUGGGCCGACUGGCACGUCCGGUCUCUCAGGCUAGCACGCCUUCAGACGCAAAGGGGGAACCGUUGGUCCACUUACAUCCUGCAGCAAAUCUGGUCGCUGUGGGGGCACAUGGCCAGAGGGGGGGAAGAGGUUAAUGCCAUGAUACAGUGGAAAAACCUCGACUUCUGGCGCAGAGAGCAACGCAAGCCACGCAGCAACCGAGUCAACCACGCUGCCCGGUUCAACCCAGAAGCAGACGUUGAGAGAGCCCUGGAAAGUGUGGGGGGUACGCGCUGGGGGGAGGCAGCCCAGGAUCGAACGCACUGGCACCAGCUCUCGCAAACUUUCGUUGACCGCUUCGACGCGUGCGAGAAACGAGUGGAGCAGGACCACUCCCUCCACGUGGCUGGGAACAGACAGCCACGGCAGGAGGCCGACGACCAACCACAAGCACCACCACAUGCAACCGGAGCCCCCAUCCGGUCUUUUGGGCCCCAUGGGGUGGCAUACGCCAGCACCUACAACCCUGACACGGAUCCAUGGGCAGCCUACCAGCCCACUACACCCACGAUGCCACACCCUACCGGCGGAGACCACAACCACAACCAAGCACCUCAAGCACCACAAGCAACCACACCGCCGGAGCAGCAACCAGCCGACGCCACAUCUUCACAACACGACACUCCACCACAACCGCCCCCGCAGCCCGCAGCUGACCCAGAUGGGCAACACACCACUCCAGGAGGAUCGGAGCAACCACCCACGACCCCACCAGCAGCCACAGCAGAAGCAGCAACCACCCAGCAGGACGCACAACCUCGGCUCAACAUCAAGUCCCCCUUCGCAGAGGUCGCGGGCUCACGCCUACCACCAGGCGGUACACGAGCCAUCCCAGGGAUGACCAUGCGCGAACACUACACUUGGAUAACGACGGGGGAGAUACCGGCAAGCUACAUCGAGCGAGAACUGCUGCCACACUUCACCGACGAUGGCGGCAACACCAACGACCAAAGCAACACACCCGGGGGGGACCAACAUGAGACCCGCUCGCCACGCCGACGCAGCUCCAGAACCACCGCAGCAGCCGGAGCCCAACGUAGGGCCCAGCAUCGGUACCAUGAAGGGGGAGGCCCAGACCGCACUAGAAACAAAGCAGAGAAAUACCGCAUCAAGCGCUGGCUGAAAGCCAACAACCUCCACCACACACGGUGGGGACAACACCUACUGGGCCAAGGCCCCUCGCCACCACCAUCGCGCCACAACAACAGCAAGCCCACGCCGUCGGCCCAAGACGACACUGACCCACCAGCACACACCGACUGGCAACCACCCCAACUCAGCCUACAGGAGAGGAUUGACUACUUUCGCAUGCUCAAUCCUGGCCAACCACUGCCACCGCACCUUCAGCCACACCAAGCACCCGCAGCAGAAGAGGAGGACGACCAACCGGCAGACGACUCCACAAGCCAGCCGGGCCCAACCAAAGCAGACACCUACACGCCCUACUGGCACCCCGAUGCAGAAGAAGACGGAGUGAUCCAGGCGGCGGGGGCGCAGAUACAGAUGAUCCACGAAAUCGCCGACGGACUUGCGAACCGCGACGGGGAGAUCAUCUCGAACAUCUGCGCCAUCGCCCUCCGCAUGCUCAGCCACGCUGAGAACUACCCGCACACAAACCCGCGGGGGAUGGGAGCGGCAUUUGCAGGCCCCUCUGGCGUCAGCGAAGCAUACAGUUUUGUGGCCUCUAUGCGAGUCCGUCGGGGGGAAAAUUUCACUCCAGAGGAAUAUGCCACAGACCUCAGCCAACUUCGAGCCAUGAUUGAAGCUGGUCUGGGGGAACUACGCGAACCGAUGCCAGGGGACGUGCCUCAGCUCUCCCUCCGCAAGGCGGACAACCAACUGCAGGAAGCAUACCGGCGAGUAGACCAGGUCAUCCUACCUACCAUGGGGGGGGGGGAAGCCAUGACUAUGGAGCCGGACACUACACAAGCUCACCCGGCCGACGUCCUCAACCUUGCAGGGGAAGCCCAGGCCGAGUGGGGAGCAAGGACCAGCCAAACCGGUUCAGCAACGACAAGGAUACUCAAGGCAGCCACACGUCUGCGGAAUGUGGUCCCGUUCGUGGGGGACCACGUACUGCUGCCAAUCGUUGAAAUGCUGCAAGCACUAGAGCGCCAAUCGCUGUUCGGAGGGGCGCAUGCAGUUCAUGAGAGUACACAGACCGGAGAGCCGCCCGUGGUCGCCAACGGGGAAACCGCAUGCCACAACGGGGAGAAUGAGAACGACCUCGACAACCCGGAGCAGCUUCGCGACGACUCCCACGGGGGGACGAUCCUGACCGAGUCCACCGAGCAGCCAGCAGCACUCAACGCUGCGGCGAUGGCAGCCCUUAUGACACCAAGCUUACAGGCAGCAGUGAACGAAGCGGGGGAACUGCCGACCCUGCCCACACAGGCUGAGAGUGAAGCAGAGACAGUCCUGUGGCAAGCUCCGACUGCCGGGGGGAACGACUGGCGCGCUGAGACUGAGCGAGGGCGCUCCCGAAGUCCCCGUCAAGACGACGAUGACGGAGGGAGCCAUAGGCGCCGCAGACUGCAAGCGGCACACUACGGCCGACACGGACCCUACUGA